CACAAAACAACGAGUUUCUUUAUAUUACUACUACAUAUGUACAUUUGUUUGAGAUUUGUUUACAAAACCUAAACACUAGGCGACAGCCAGUAUUUACUCGUAUUUUAAAACCCAGCUCAUACUCAUAUUCAUAUUCAUUCUCUCAAUAAUUCACUUCUACAACAUCUCUACAAGUCUCUACAAGUUCAUACACGUAUUUAACUCUGUGAAUUUACCAUGUGCAACAAAUUAUUUAAAAAAGUAGCAGUGGUGACUGGCAGCAAUAAAGGCAUAGGUUUCGCAAUUGUAAAAGGUUUACUACAAAACAAUUACCCGGGAAUAGUUUAUCUAACCUCAAGAGAUGAAUCCAACGGACAGCAUGCCAUUGAACUACUCCAUAACUUAGGACUCAAUGCUUGUUAUCAUCAGUUAGAUAUCAAUGACAUCGACAGUGUUAAUCAACUCGCGCGUGACAUUGAAAUUAAACAUGGUGGCAUUGACCUGUUGAUUAACAACGCUGCCAUAAAAUAUAGUAGUAAAUCAACUGAAUCUCAUAAAAAUAUAGUAAUCAACACUUUAGAAACAAAUUACUACGGCACGAAACGUGUUUGUAAUGUAUUAUUUCCUUUGUUAAACAAACACGCGCAGAUUAUCAACGUUUCCAGUGCUGCUGGUCAUGUUUCUGUUAUUCCAGACCCGGAUUUACGUAAUAAAUUUACUAAGAAUAUCACAAUUGAAGAAUUGGAACAUAUUUUAACUGAUUAUAUCAAUUUAGAAGAAAAUUAUACAACCUACCAAUGGAAGAAUAUGGGUUAUGUUUUAUCUAAAGUAGCUAUUUGUGCUUUUACAGUAGCUCAGCAGAAGUUAUUCAACGAAGAAAGUGCACAACGUUGUAUAAGAAUAAAUUCUGUGCAUCCAGGUUAUGUUAACACUGAUAUGACACAAGGAAGAGGAAUUCAAUCACCGGAAGAUGGCGCAAAGAGCGCGUUGUUCCUAGCAUUAAACGAUGAACAUGAUUAUAGAGGUGAUUUUAUUUGGUAUAAUUGUAAACGUGUUGAUUGGCUAUCAGAUACAAUGCCAAAUGAUAUUAAACCAUAAAUAUAUUUGCUUCAAGUGAAAUAAAA